UUUAUGAAUUAAAUUUAUUAUAUUAGGUACUAUAAUUUAAAAAAGUUAAAUAAAGUUUUAUUUAUGUAAUAAAAUGUUAUUAUUAAAAUUAUCAAUUAUUUUUAAAAUUUUAUUUUAUUUUAUUUACGGAUCAAAUCAGAUAUUCUUUAAAAUUCCAAAACAUUUCGGAUAUCCGAGUCACCGAAUAUCUAGAUGGCUAAAGAUCGAAUCGACACGAAUGCUUCCAAAUACCCAGAUAUUUGAUCUGUGCUCACCCAUAUUUACAGAUACAAUUUUAUUUUCUUUAUAUGAAAAAAUGACUAAUGGCAAAGCCUUUUUUAUUUUAAAUUAAUUUAGUUCUACUUUUCAUUUAUUAUUUUGAAAAAAAAGUCAUUUAAUAUUAAUUAACAAUAUCUGUAUAUAUUUGUCAACUAUUUGUAUAUAUUUUUUACAUACACAUACAUGUGCACCUUGAUUUUUAGCACAUUGUAACUAAGUACUCACCAUAACUAAAGUAUCUAAUUUUUUUGAAAGUUGAAAUAUUUUUUUUUUAAUGUUUGUUUCACUACCGCAAAAUUGUAGUAAAAUGAUUUGUCUUAAUAGUUUUUUUUUCUUAAAGUAUUAUCUGUUUAAAAACUAUAAUAUGAAAUUAUUGGUUCGACAUGACGACUAUCUAAAAUUCAUAACAUGAAAACAAACAAAUAAUAUUAUUUUAUUGUUUUUACCGGAAAAAACCAAAAAAAUCAAACAUUUUAACCGAAUAAACGAAAAUGAAUAUUAAUUUAAAAUAAUAGUUAUAUUUUAAAAGAUUAAAAACCAAAAAAAAAAACUUAAAACCGAACCAAUAUCUAGAUUAAACAGAUUUAAUGUCUUUUUAUUAAAAAUAACAAAACUAAUAAUCACAUCCCGCGCAAGGCGCGGGUUAUUACCUAGUUGAAGACUAUUUCCGUCACAUUGACAUAAAUACUAGUUUUCUUCUUUCACUUUCCCUAAUUGUAUCAUUUGAUACUUUCUCUUUUUUUCCUCCAUAUGCCAUUGUGUGUCUAACAUAUUUAUAUAAACCAAGUUCACACAUUAAAAUCUUGCAUAGUUUCUCAUCUUACUCUACUUUUUUUUCUUUUUAGAGAGAGAAUCUAGGGUUCUUCUUCGUUUUCUCCUAGUGAAGGUUCUAAGGUCUUCUUGUAGCUUUCUUCUUUGGUUCUUGAGGAAAUUUUGACGAAAUGGGAAGGGGAAGGGUUCAGCUACGGCGGAUCGAGAAUAAGAUACGGAGACAAGUGACGUUUUCAAAGCGAAGAACAGGUUUGGUGAAGAAAGCUCAAGAGAUCUCAGUGUUAUGUGAUGCUGAUGUUGCUUUGAUUGUCUUUUCUCCAAAAGGCAAGCUCUUUGAGUACUCUGCUGGCUCCAGCAUGGAGAGAAUUCUGGAUCGAUAUGAGAGGUGUUCAUACGCCGGUCAAGACAUUCCUACACCCAGUUUGGAUUCGCAGGGUGAGUGUUCAACCGAAUGUUCGAAGCUCUUGAGGAUGAUUGAUGCUAUGCAAAUAAGCUUAAGGCACUUAAAAGGAGAAGAGGUAGAUGCUCUAAGUAUCAGAGAGCUUCAGAGUCUGGAGAUGCAACUUGAUACUUCCCUCAGGAGAACUCGCUCUAGAAAGAACCAGCUCAUGGUAGAGUCCUUAGCACAGCUCCAGAAAAAGGAGAAGGAACUCAAAGAACUGAAGAAACAGCUAACAAAGAAGGUUGAUCAAGGUGAAGACAUUGAGCCGCAAAACAUCAGCCAAGGGUUAGACUCAACACCACCAUGUGAGACACCGCACCUGUUGCCAGGACCUAUUUCUCCCCACCCUCCCUUGUCUAUCGGUACUUAUAGGGACACAUCGCAAAUGAAUGAAAUUGGAGAAAAAGAUACCGGAAUCCUAGUUCGCUCGGGGAAUACAACGUUGCCGCACUGAAUGCCUCGGCUCACUGGAGAGUAGAGGUUCAAGGUCAUCUUGGUUUGUUAUUUUCAGUACUUAAAUUUAUAGAAACUAAAUAACUUCUCGGUUUAAGUAGAGAACCAAACCGAAUAUCAUGAAAUAUAUUCGGUUUUGGUAUUCUUAGAACCGGUGUAAGAUGUUCCAAGUUUCAAACUUCGAACUAAUUUCAGAAAAUUGUAUCCCGAAUGUGAUUUUGUAUAUUUUAUUAAUGACUGUACUUUGCAUUUUGUGUUCUUUGUCAGCAACAUCAAUAUUGCAGGUUUGGAGUCGGAUAAGUUUCCUUUUCUACAUUUAUAUUUUCAUUCUGCAUAAAAAAAUCGGAUAAGACUAAUCUUAGACUUUCUAGUUGGUGAACCUUUCUAAAACUCUUGUUGCCAAUAGCCUUGACUAUCAUCUAUUCAUUAAUUAGGUUUACUCUUCCAUUUUUGUUCCUCCUCUAAGGCUUAAUCACUGCUUAUUUGCCUAGAUGACUUGAACCCUUGUCAUGUCUUGGCUAAUCGAAAGCAUCUGAUAUAGGGAAAUUACAACUGGAGAAGAAUGGUAAAUACUUGAGAGAGAGAGUCACCAUGCAAAACAAAGAACGAAAUAUGUGUUCGUUAACUAAUGAGGGUCUUUAAAAAUGAACGGCUUAACAUUGGCUAACCUAUAAAUAAUACUAGAGAUUGAUGUGCGGAUAUUGGAUCUUACAUUUUUAUACAUUGAUAUUUAUUUUUCAUAAUUAGUGUUAUAUUUUAGAUGAGUCGUAAUAUAACUAAUUGUAUUCAAUAGACUUAGACCGAAUUGGAUAAUAUGAUUAUUUUUAUACAAAUUUCCGAAUCCGUUUCAGAUAUAUUUGUUAUUAGAUAUUUAUAGGUUUCUAUACAUCAAAACCGAACACAUCCAGACCCAGAAGGAUCCAGUUAAAAACCUACACAUAAAUUUAUAAUAUUUAAACGGAGCUUAAUUUCAAAAAAAAAAAACGAUACCCGAAAAAAACAACUCGCACCUAAAUGGAAUGUUCAUGUCUAACUGAUUUUAUAAACUAAUAAAAAAAUGAUUUCUAUGUGUUUGGCUAUAUGAAGUGAAAUAGUAAGAGUUUUUAUUUAGUAAAAUAAUAAAAUGGAGUGAGAAAUUAAGUGACAAUAUAUAUAAUACAUUUUUAUUAUUUUGAUUCAAGUUAUUAUUUUAUUCAGAAAACAUGUUUCUGAAUUAUUUUUUGGCUACGUAAUUUUCAUCGAUUGAAACUAAAAUUAAAACAAAAAAUAGUAAAACAAACUAAACCAAACGUUUAACCAUAUGCAAAACCCAGUUAUUUUACAUUUUUUAUUUUAUAAUUGGCACAAAAUUAAUGUUGAUUAACUAAUAAAUAAAAAAUAUGCACUAUUAUUAUUAUUAUGGUAAUAUAAUUAAUAAUGUGAUAUAUUGUUAAUGUAAUAUAAUUAAUGAAAUUGUUAAACUGAGUGAAAUAUGGAAAAAAAAUUAUUGUAAUUACUAAAAAAAUAUUAUACUGCUUUCUUAUACUGCUAUCAAUAUUUACAAAUAAUUAUCAUUUAUAUUAUUAUCUAUGUUUCUAGACAGUACCAAAUGGUACUUCAAUUUUAAUAAUAUAUAUAUAUAUAUAUAUAUAUAUAUCAAUCUAUUCCAUAGAAAUGAUACACACCAUGAUCGUGGCAACGAAAAUAUCAAGGAUGCGUUCAAAUUAUAAAUAUUUUGAGAUGUUAAUCGACAUUAACUUAAACAUAAUAUAGGGGACAAAUUUCAGUAGAUCUUAAAUAUGAUUUAAAUAAUUAAACACAGUUAAGUAAAUUAGGCAUGAGCACAUUUUUAUGGAACAAAAGAACCAAACCAAACCGAGCCAAAAAAUGAGACUUUGGUUCGGGUUUUGAUUCUAAUAAUUAUUUGAACAGAUCUUAUAUCUAUAUAAUCGAAAAAUCAAAUCUAAAUCAAGAAUCGAAUAAAUACCUGAAUUACUAUAAUAUUUUUUAUGUACUUAUAAAUAUUGGAUUAACUAUAGGCCAAAUUGGCUGAAAAACCACGAAACAUAAGUUAAUUAGGGAAUCAUGCAAUCGAAAAGUUAAUUAGGUUCGUUGAUGUACAGUAGGUCGCGAAAUUACCCACAUAUCCCCUUACGAUAUCCAACUUGAGUAGGUAGGGUGCAGAGCUAAAGUAGGCAUAUCAAAUAUAGGUACAACUGUCAGAUGGUGUCAGAAGAAAAGACAUUUUGUCUCGCAUAUAUUCCCGCGAGAAAAAAUUUUAAAUGAGUAAGACAAAUAUAUUCAGUUAACCUAUUAUUGUUAUACAAUUCAUCGUUUAGUCCCUACAAAAUUGGUUCAAUUAAGGAACAAACCCUAUGUUUUAUGAUAUGCGAACUAAGACAAAACAUGAACUUCGCUUUGCAGCUAACCUUCGUAUAUAAAUAUAUAACAAGAUAAGGAACAGUAAUUAGACAGUGGAUAUUUUACAUUGAUUGGAUGGAAAUUUCACAGGAAACAUACAUAAGAAACGAUAUUAUACAAUGGUAAUGAAAAUUAAAAGUGAAAAUAAUUAAUAUUGAAAACCGAUAAACAAGCUGCAGUUCAUAUCUUAAGCAGUAAGAGCACGACGGUUGCAACGAAAAAGCCGGCACAAGAAAAGAAAACACAGUUACGAAUAUUCUUAUCGGACUGAAUGAUUUGAGCUUUGACGAUUUCUUCAAUAUGAAUCAAUAGAUCAUCGUUCGGACCGGUGGAACGAUUAACCUCAACCGCCGCUAACUGAGCAUUGGCCGUCGAGAAGGCUUCACGGAGAGCUUUGAUUUCUGCAGCUUGUCGACGGAUCUUGUCCCUAGCUUCCAAGAGGCUUCUCUUCUGCCAUUGACAGGGCAAGUCCUUGUCUGACCACUCUAAGAACCCAUGUACGUCGCAUUUAAAAAAGCGACGGCCGGGAUUUGCGUCUGUCCAGGAGAUCGACAGUGUAGUUGGCUGCAAACAAUGACAAAGGGGAAAAAUGAUGGAGGCCGUAGAUGAAAUGGAAGCUGAAGAAGAAGUCUGACCAGAAGCCAUCGAAAAGAAGUGUUAAGUUGAUUUCCGAUGAAGAAGAAACGUGUAUAGCAAUGUUAACAAUAAAAGUGAAGCUUAUUUGUAAUAACACGCGUCGGGAAAAGGGGCCACACAUAUAAUUGUUUUUAAAAAUGAAAUAUGUGGUUCCCAUUUCAUGAACGUGACAAAUACUUGUAAUAACUAACAAAACCGGUUAACAAAACCAAUUAAACUAUUAAAUGCGAACCGAAAACCAAACCGGUCCGACAUUUUUAACAAAACCAUCGGAUGAUAACGUCUAGAAAGAUUGAAACUAAUAAAAUAUUGGAAUAUGUCAGAGAUAUUUUCUGAAGCCUACACCUAAUGAUGAGGUCUAGUACUAGGUAGCCGGUGCAGAAUAAGCUUACGUAUAUCUGGAUUUUGUGUAAGUAACUCCACCUUCUUAUCUCCUUCUGGCUAUAAAUACAGGGCCCCAUCAUCCCAAAUCAGAUAAACCAAGCAACAAACAAAAUCCAGUUUGGUUUGUUUAAUUCCGGAAAUCUUUGGUGAUAGAGCUUUUAAGGUUUUUUUCUUAUCUUUUUCUAGGGUUUCACAUUUUAUGCUACUGUUACCACAAAAAUCUGUAUUCCUUUUCACGGCUUCAUGUUUAUCACUCAGCAUAAUUUAUUUUUACUAAUAUUUUGCGUAUCUUGUAGAGAUGGGGUGGUUUGUGAAGCUCCUUCUAGGGCUUUGGAGUAAGUCCGCCAAUGGCGACUGGACUUUUGAAGAAACCUCUUCCUAUCACGGAGAAACGGUGAUAAUAAACAAGACUGACACUUUUGAUGGGUUGGUGGAAUUGAUACGUAUAAGACUGAAUCUGGGGAUUCUAACGCCGGUUGCGUUAACUUAUCAACUUCCGAACUGGAUGCUAGUCCCAGAUUGUUCAAAAGUCCCUCCGAUCACUUUGUGUAACGACAAAGAUGUUGAGACAAUGAUAAGCGCCAGAGACUACAUGUCUGAGCCGGUGCUUUAUGUGACUAGUGGACCUGAGCUAGUUGCAAAAUACCAGUUCUACUGUCGAUCACCUUUCACAAUAGAUGAUAAGGCUUAUCUCGAAGAAGGAGUUACCGAAGAGCAACAUCGACAAGCUAUACGAGGUUCGGUUCUGAUAAUCCACAAACUUUAUAUACUGGUAGCAAAUGUUAUAGGAGCCCUAACUGUAUUUAAUUUCAAAUUUUUGCAAGACUUGGUUGGUGGUCAUCCAAUCGUUUGUAGCAAGCAUAUGUUGGAGAUAAUGUUCAAUGAACCACAACUCCUAAUCGUCUUCCGCGUUGCUCUAGAGAUAGAAAUGGUUUAUUCUUUCCCCGACGAGCAAGGGGUAACUGAAGAUCCAGCUGACUUUCCUAGCCUAACCAUCGAUGACAUUAUCGAUAUGGAGCAAGGUUACACCUUAUCACCGGUUGAGCCGAGCAACUAUGAACCUGGCGAUGAAGGUAUUGGUAGUCUAUAAUAAUUUUCACGCAUUAUAAAUCAAUUUAAGUAGUUAACAUUUAAAUAAUCGAUUUUACUAAUUGGAUGAACCGGUUAUAGCGUACUACAAGUUAACCUGUCAGAUGACAAUAUUUGGAAUGUUAUAGACUGUAUAUGGAUGCUUAAUAUUCAGCCCACCAUAUCAACAUUCAUUUCAUAGAUGUAUUUACAUUAUAAACUAAUGAACUUUAUAACGUUGCAAGUGCUGUACGGAGAACCGGUGAGUCUAGAGGAGAUGGAAAAUGCAGAACGCAAUUUCGCCGGAACAAUCAUUCUUCACCAACCAACCCCUUUGGAAGUCGAACCAGUUAACAUAUGGAGGGGAAAUACGCAAGAAGAGCCAUACUGGGAUGGUAUGAUGGAGGAAGAAGACAACUAUGAGGUCUACGUAACACAGUCACCACACCCAAGUCAGGGAGUUGAACCUCUGCCACUUGCUCCAAAUCGAAGGGUGAAUGCUCCACAACCAGCUACAAUAAUCAUGAUCGAUGAUGAAGAUGAUGGAUCAUACACCGGCUCUUCUGAGGGGGUUAACGAGAACGAUAAUAUCAGUAACCCCCCUCCACCAGAAGAAAUUGGAGUCAUUGCCAACGAGCAAACGAAAAGUGCACCAGCUAGUAGGAAAGGUAUUUUGUUAUGGAACUAUUAUGAUGUUGUAAAGCAUAUUGUUUUUUCUAACCAGAACUAAUGGAUAAUUCUUGAUUCACUAAGGUGAAUCGUCUGGCGAAGUAGACCAAAACAAAACAGCACCAUCGAAUGAAGUUGUCGUUGCCUUACCAGCAGCUCCAAUUCCCAGUAAUGAAGAACUCUGCCUUGAUCUCACACUUGGCGUGGGAAAAAACAUGAGCACCUCUAGAGGUGUUACCUUGGUUGACGUCGACGACUCUGUCUCUGAAGGUGAAGAGGGCAGUGGUGGGUUUGAUCCCCUCUUUUAAAAUGAACUGGCUCUUAAAAUUAUAGAUAAGAUAAAUAAGUUGCCUAUGUUUUGUUGUGAAAUAUGUGGGUUCCGGCAUAUCCUUUUUGGCGUUUCUUUUACUCUAAUGAUGCAUAAGACACUAUGUUUGCGGCAGUAUGUAAUGUAAAAUAUCAAUGUUAAAUAUGUUGAUGCAUUUCUAUCUCAUUAUAUAACUAAUCCAUCAAUCGAAAAACAAAUUGUAGGAAACCAAACAAACAAUUCAGAUGACUUAUAUGAGGGAAAGGUUUUUACAAGUAGAGCCCAUUUCAAACAACAUAUGGCCUUAUAUGCAUUACGCCGUAAAUUUCGGUUUAAACACUCGCGUUCCUCAGCAGAAGGAAUGGUGCUUCGUUGCGUCAGUGCUGCAUGCAACUGGAGGGUUUAUGCUAUAAAAUUUAAAAAUGUGGACAAGUAUGAGAUUCGCAAAUUGUCUUCGUACCAUUCAUGUUCAGUUGACGAUCGAGCAGGUAUAACCAUUACAUUUCACAUGUUGCUGAAACAAUACACAGUCUUAAUGUAUAAAACGAAACCGUAUAUAUAUUAAAAAAAAAAAAAAUUGAACAUCAUAAUAAACAAAUGAUCAGUUAUACAUGAGAACAAACAAAUGAUCACUUAUUAAAAAAUAUGUUUACUUUUUUUCUCCCGAUAUGAACAAUGUAAUGAACUUAAUAACUCAAAGAUUAUCGAAAGCAGUGUUUGUUCAUAUAGUGUGCUUAUCACCUACCUAAUACUUGAUAAUUUCCAACAAUUACUUUCAUAUUAUAUAAUGGGUGAUAACAAAUAACCGAAAACUAAUGAAGCGCAUGAACAGGAUAUGAGGAACAGGCGACACAUUCAGUCAUUGGCGAAAUGAUCAAGUCCAGAUUUGCUGGCCAAGGUUGUGGGCCUCGGCCGAAUGAGAUUAUUCAACUAAUGCUUGGGGAACAUGAUAUUAGGAUUUCUUAUUGGAAAGCGUGGCGUUCACGAGAAGUUGCCCUCGAAUAUGCGAAAGGAUCAUCUGGUACGUCAUUCACAAUGCUCCCAGAUUACCUCCACAGACUGGUUGUCGCAAAUCCCGGCACUAUAGCACAAAUCCACACAGUUUAUGAUGUUGUUGUUGGCCAUAGGUUCAAAUAUAUGUUUCUUGCAAUGGGUGCUUGUAUUAGUGGUUUUAAUCAUAUGCGUCAUGUUAUUAUCAUCGAUGGGGCACAUUUGAGAGGAAAGUACGCGGGUUGCUUAUUGACAGCAUCAGCACAGGAUGGGAAUUACCAAGUCUUCCCUAUAGCUGUUGCUAUAGUUGAUGGUGAAAAUGACAGUGCAUGGGAAUGGUUUAUGAAAAUGCUUUUGCAAUUCAUCCCCAACAAAGAAGAAGUUGUUUUUGUUUCAGACAGACACUCUUCAAUAUACAAUGCAAUAUCCAAGGUUUGAUCCUCUAAUACAACAUAGUCAUUCUACAUUACUUAGUAGUGACGUAGGUUAGAAGAUUAGUUAAACUAUUUAUUAUUUUCCUGUCUUUAUAAAAGAACACUUGUAAAUGUCAUGGCAUGUCUAUUUACAUGUAGGUCUACACUGCAGCUAAACACUGUGCAUGCGUUUUACACCUGAUACGCAACAUCAAGACACAUUACAAAAACAAGCACCUUGGUUACUUGAUUGGGAAGGCUGCUAGGGCAUUCCAGCUCUCGGAAUUUUAUACCGCUUUCAAUGAAAUAAAAAACAUUAAUCCUUCUUGUGCGGAAUACCUUAUAGAUAUUGGAUUGGAGCACUGGUCUCGAGCUCAUUUUUCAGGAAACCGCUACAACAUAAUGACCAGCAAUAUUGCGGAAACAUGGAAUUCCGUACUGCACGAGGCAAGGGAGUAUCCGAUAUUGCCUUUGGUUGAGUAUAUCCGAACAAAACUUAUGAACUGGUAUGCAGAACGUCGUGAUGUUACACAGUUGGGGAGUAGCCGGUUGACUCCACGUGUUACUGAAAUUUUGGAAGCCAAUUUCGAACGGAGUGGGGGUUGCUUGUAAACCGGAUUAACAAGGGCGAGUUCGAGGUGAAAGAGAAGAAUGGUUCCUCAUUCCACGUUAACCUAACAACAAAGGCCUGCAGCUGUUGCGCAUUUCAAUUUCUCCUCAUUCCUUGUCCCCAUGCAAUUGCUUCAGCAAUCAAGGAGAGAAUUAGUAUCGAAUCUCUUGUAUCUGACUAUUACACACUAGGAGCUCUUGCCUCUGCAUAUGCCAAAGAUAUACUCCCCAUCACCAACAAUACAAAUGGAGUUACUAUCGAAGGAGAAGAAGCCUCACUCCAUAUUUUCCCUCCAGUAACAAGACGACCCCCUGGCAGACCUCGCAAAAGUCGAAUAUUAUCAACUGGUGAAAUUAGGGUAAGCAAGUCUAUAUCUUAUGUUUUAAAUAAUACAACAAGCUGGUUACAUCAAAUACUUUUUGGCAGAUGAAAACUCCAAGAAAAAGACAUGUUUGUAGCCGUUGCAAAGGGAAUGGACACAAUAAAGCAACUUGCAAAGUUGCAAUAUAAGAACAUCAAGUCGUAUAAAGUCGAAGAGGCAAUUCUCGGAUGAUGAAGGUGUUUGAUAAGCAUGGUGGGGUGUCAAUAGACAUCAUAAUUUAAACAUGUUAAUGUAAAAUAUUUUAUACAUGUUUGGUACGAGGCAGGUUUGUACUUGUUCCCGAGAUUGUUAAAUAAAUAAGAUGCCCACGAAGAUAAUAUAUUAUAGACCCACAGUAAGUCAUAUGUAAGCCUCGUGGUUGCCAUAAAUAUUAACGCUUUAAACAUGUUAACUGGUAAAUGCAUGAAAAAUUCCAAGGCUCGGAUAUAGAACCAUAAUUUGGUUGUCAUAUUCGACCUUAUAUAAACAUACAUGAAUAUAUGUAAUGUCUGUUGAGCAGAAAAAAGAAAAUCCAGAUUUUGAUGGAACUACAACUUAUUGUACUUUAAAACAAGAAAUACAUUAAAGUGAACAUAUUAGUGCUUUCAACAAACACUCACCCUUACACUAGGUAAGGCUCCGACAUUAUAUAGAAGGUAGACAUAUUAAUAGAAAGGAUUAAAGUAUCAUGCAUACAAUUUUGAAAACACAAAUCCAUUGAAUAACGUAAGUAAGAUAAGAAGUAUGAAUAUAAAAAAAUCAUUGCAAAAUUAACCAGAUUUUGAAAAUUAAUCAACGGCGUUUACUAACAAAAAUAAUGUUAGUAUUGGCCGAAUAUAGAUAAUAUAAGUUACACAUACUUAACGAAACACCAAAGCGUCUGACACAAGGAUCAUAUAACAAGUCCGGGAGAAAAUGUGAACUACAACAUGCGAAGCAAACGACAUACACUCAGAGAUGCAUUGAUUGAACCAUAUCUUAAAAGAUACGACAACAGAAACCAUAACCUACAACUUCUCAUAGACCUCAUACGCCAAUAUUGCUGCACACAUCCCUUCUUCUUCGAGAAUAUCAUUAUUGAUAUUCUUACACACCUCGAUACCAUAUAGAGCAUGGGUGGCCAUUAACAAAACAGCCAUCAAUCCACAAUCUGAAGGGUUCUUAUGCUGAUGGAGUGAUUUCGGCCUAGCAACAUCAUAACACUGGAUUAUAGGAUCAGCUCCUAUAGGUAGACAUGCAAAUCUAGCCACAUAUGGUAACAUCUGGACUAUAGGCGUUAGAUAUUUAUCCAGCGACGCAUCUUUGAACUUGGCCGUAUUACAAUCUAGAACUGUGACAAUCCCACGAGCAGCAUCGAAGCAUAUACCAACCCAAUGUUUAUUUGCGACAUUAAAUGGAAAGUAAUACCUUGUCGGGUGGAUAUUUUGAGAAUCUUUAGUGGGGAAAACGUCGCUCAAAACCUUAGGGAAAACGAAACUCUCUUUUUUCUUACUCUUGAGAAACCUGGGAAACGUCUUGAUUAUACCGGAGACAAAUUUGGUAUCAAAAAAUUCAGAACUCUGGGCCCCUUCAGUUGGCAACUGAUGAACGAUAGUUAAACGCAAAACGCGAAUAAGAAUAUCAACUACCUGUUAUGGAGGGAAAUAACUGGGUAUUACAUCAACAUAUUACGUAAUAUUCAAAUAAACUGGAUUACGAGUUCAUACCUUUGCAGAAAACAUGCGUGGUCUCUCAACAAUGGAGACAAUGUCUUUCGGAUAGACUGCUAUCCCACCAAGAUUAAAUACACUGGUAGAACAAAAUUGUUCUGAGUGAAUACACUUUAUCUUACAUAAUGGCAAUUGUACUGACAGACAAAAAGAAUAAAAAAUUUAACAACUUACAAUUUCGCCUUAAGUUUGGUUGCGAGUAUGGCAUACUUCCUGGUCGUUUCACUUAUAUCAGCUAAACCAAAAAUAAACUUCUGUGAAUCUCUCAACCGGGAACGUAAAUGGGGCCCGCAUUGGUAAUCGUCCAGCAGACCCGAUGGCACCAUCUUCUGCCUCUUACUUUUCCGUGAUCCUUGUCCUUCUUCUAUAUUGUCACGACCAUUGUUGUCAGAGAUUGGAUCCCCUCGACCAACCUCCGUAGCCAUAACAUGAGCAUCAGGCUGAAGCUACUCUUCUUGAGUAAGACCAAGCGAGAAGGUCGGCUCAUCCGUUUCCCUAAGAAGUUGCCUAUGAUUUGCCCCGUUUUCCUAGAAGAACAAAUAGUAAUCAAACAAUUAACGAUUUUCCCAUAUUGUAAUCGAUUACCAUAUACAUAACCAACAUACCAAACUUUGCUGAAACGCAUUUUGCCUAGUACAAUUCUCGCUAUGAGCUGAUGGUGCACAUGUAUCAGAAACUGGAUCAACAGGAACAUAUCCAUAACCCACAUCGACUUCCUUUGUUGGGGUACGAUUCUCAUCCUGAGUAAGCAUAAUUAUUUGGACUAUAAGAAAACAUAGGUGAAUAGACAACAAAGACGUAGAAACAAAGGAUCAACGUAAUAGCAUACAAAAAUUAAAACCUGGCUCCUUUUGGUGGCUCUUGGCGGCGUGGAAUAUGCACUUAUGUGAGACAACACGUUUCGGAUAGUAUUGGCAUUGACAUCAGGAUCUUGAUCGGUAUGGUUUGCCCGAACAGAGACUUCACCCACACCAAGCGGAGGAAUAUGGUGUGUCCCAUUAUGAUGAACAACUUGCUCUUUACACAACGCAGACACCAUAUCCUUAACACAUGCAAGCAUUUCAUCUUUAAACUUAGAUAAAACAGACUCCACUUGUCCAACAACAUUCCCUUCCAAAGCAUCAACCCGGGAACAUGCGACCUUAAUGGUCGUCUCCAUCACAUCAAACUGAGAUUUGAUUUUGUCUAUCACAAGAGAAGCAAUGGAACAUGGAUCAAGGUCAUGAGCAGUAAUACGCACAUUAUUUGCUCUCUUUGCCUUUGAGGUUGAUUUACAUGAUUCGCGCAUACGAUCAACAUCAUGCUUCCUAACCCCACCACGAAACAUUGAAGUACUGAAGUUACUGUUUGAGUUCAGGCGGUGUAACAUGUUCUCCACUUGCUCAUCAUGCUCUUCGUCGGAAUAAACCACGUAUUCCCCCUCAAUAGGCCGGAAUGGGUCUUCAGGUAAGACACUACGAACGAUAACCUGAACAUACACAUUAUACUACUGGUUACAAACAAUAAUUGACACCGACUUGUAGUUAAUAUAUAGCUUCCUAUACUAAAUCAAUCGUGUCCAGGAACGGAUUUUAUAAAAAAAAAAAUUAUAAUAACGUUAACAUAAAAAUAUGAAGCUUCAACUUACAUCACUUCUCUUAUCAACACUUCUGCCGUGUGCUGGAUUCAAAGUUUGUUUCUUAGUAAACAUAUCACGCCCAUGACCGUCAAUAUCUUCGCUGUCUGAUUCGGACGAAGAACACGUAUCUUGCACAACCUCUGUCAACGCCGGAAUAGCUUCAACCAUAACAAGUUGUAGAGCAAGAACAAAUCCUUUCACAGCAAUCGUGUUUUGAGACAGCGCAAUCUCAUCUCUCUCUCUAAUACUAGCCAUUAGCAUGUCAAACGCAAGUCUUCCCCAAGGGAACGAAAAAAAUGCUUCAAGAUCUUUAAUUGCUUCUGCAUGCUCUCUAGCAAUCUUCAUCUUCAGGCUUGUUGGGAGAAGAACGGAUUCAAGAAUUGCCAAGCAUGCGUAUUUAAUACGGAUUUCCCUGUCCUUAACAGUUUUCCGGUAUAGCAUCUUGAUGACCGCAGAGACGGUGACAACCUCAACUUUACCGAAUAAAGAAGGCCAAUACGGUGUCUCAGAUAUUGUUUCCUUUAGCUUCAUCUUCGACUUGGGGGGAAAUUUCCCACAUGGUAGUCCCGUCACAAUCGCAAAUUCUCUGAGUGAAAACCUAACCGGUUUUCCCGCAAAUCGGAACCACGUUUCAUGCUUCUUCUUCGUUUUAAGCUGCCUUGAUAACAUAUAUCGAGCGAAUCUACCGGAAAAGACAGGUUUGUCGGCGAUUUCGAUCAAUUUCCCAAAUGAAGAUCGCCUUAUAAUUUCAACCUCCUCGUCAUCUAAAGCAUUAAAAAUCCGUUUUAAAGAGCUAGAUGAUUGAUACGUUAGAACACGAACCCCUACCGGUUCCUCGCCAGCUGCAAACAUCAUGUCUGGAAUUGGACGCAUGUCUUCUUCUUCCGGUGAAUCGGGACAAUCAACAAGACGUGCAGACACCAUUGCCUCCAGCUGCACCUUCGAAUUGUGAAUCCAGAUUUUCAACUUAGUAAACUCCGCCAAGAAAACGGUGAAAAAAUAGAAAGGAAUUGAUAAACAUGUGAGAACAGUUCAUUGAUACUAAUGGAAGGGAAGGAAUAUUUGCAGUCUUUACAAUCUUUUUUUGUUAUCUACAGUCAUUUAGAUCAUUAUUGCUCUACAUUAGGUAUUCAGUAUAGGUUUACUGUACUGUAGGCGUGUCAGGGAACAGUUAUAACGUAUGGAGGUUACUUUAGGCAUAUCGACAUUGUCGAACAGUACCAAUCUGAUCACCUAAAUAAUCUUUAUAACGUGUAUAUCCACCGCAAUUGUCCUUAACUAUAUCGAAUUUUAAAAUAACUAAAUAAUUUUAAAAUAUAUUUUUGUAAACUAAAAUAUCAAGAAUCAUGAAGCACAAUAAUAUUUUUUGGAAUAUUUUAAAUUAUUUGAACUAUCCAAAUUUUUAUUCGAAAACCCAAAUUUUAUUGACAUUUAAUAACUUUAACCUAAAUUAACCAAAAACUAGAACCAAACCAGAACCGAAUGUCCAUGGCCAAAGUAAAUUCAUCAAAAAAAAAUAUGUUAAUUUAUAAUUUCAACUAGUUUUGGGAUAUUAAAUUUUUUUGGAGAUUGUGACAAUAAUUGUCUCACAAGAGAACCACACCCGAACAGAUAACCAACUAUCAUCCAUACCUAUUCGUACCAAUGGUUCAUCUACUAAACGGUUCAACCCGGACCCGGAAACCCCGAGUGAAACCCAUGUGCCUUCCGUUGAUGCAAUUCGAAAGCUUUGUAGAGGGAACAUCCGAACAUGAUACCCAUUCGGAGUUUUUUGAUAAAGGGAGCGAAAUCAGAGAAGACCGUUGAGAGCAUUAGGCGUAACAUAACUGUCCAGGGUGGUAAUAGUAUUACUAGUGCCAGUGAUGCUAGUAAUGAGAGUUUGUGUAAAGGGAAGCGUAAAGAAAAAGGUCUUUUCUGGGGAGAGUUUGAGUUCUUCACAAACAAGAGAAGCUGCAGAGGUUGAGGAGCCUUGUGAGGGGACAAAGGAAGGAUUUGAAAGCUAGAAUGCUUGAAGUCUUGAGAGAGGAAGUUGAACGUAAGAGGAUGCUUGAUGAGAGGGGUAGUUGAAAGGAAUGUACUUGACUUCCAAAGUUUAUUUUUAUUUUUUUGUUUUUUCAGGCAUAAGAAAGCAAUGCUGGAAGCUUAUGAUCAGCAAGAAGCAAGAAUAUUUGCUGAGUAUCACAAAAGGCUACAAGUAUAUGUUACUCAAGCGAGAGGUUGAGUUUAGAUGCUUAACACGAACGUUGAGAGGGAAGCUGUUUAUUCCUCUGUCAGCUGAUGAUGUCAUUCUAACCCCAGAACGGAGUAUGAUGAACUGCCUGAGUAGUCCUCCUCUACUCCUUCAGGCUAUUGCUGCACACACCCAACGCCUUAAGACACUAAUAUUCAGAGAGAUAGAGAAGGUAGAUGUCAGAGCUGAUGCUUAGAGGCAUUGAUAUUUAUAUGCGUUUCUCUUCCUCUUCUACUGAAUGGUAUAUAUGUACGCUCUGAAAUUCAUGUUCCAGUGUACUGAUAAGCCAAUGAAAGCUAUUUGAUGUCAAUCUAUUCUACAGGUAUAAGUACGAAAACAACCGGGUAAUGGAGAUUUCUUCUUCUGUUGUGAGCUAGCCAUUAAGUUAUCAGUUUAAUGGUAAUAUGGGAAGAUAGCCAGAUACUCAUUCCAAAGGAUCAAACAACGAGUUCCUUGAACGAAAGGUUGCUCUCGUUAUCUGCCUUUUUUCUUUCUGGUUAUUUUAGCAUAUAAUGUUCAGAAAGGACAUAAUUUGAGGCUUACCGUUUAGCAACGGACUUAAGAUUUUGUAGGCCAGCUGCUGCAUUUAAACUUUUUCAACUUUCUGAUCAUUUAUCUCAUGCUUAUUUCCAGAAAGCACAUGUGCAACAAUUUUGGAAACUGAAGAUGCACUGAGACCGUUUGCAUGGAAUGCUGACACCAGAGUUAAUUAUAUUCUGACUCCAAUCAGCAUUAUAUAGCUAACUCAGUUAGAGAGAAUGUCCAGUUUAAGUUAGUAUAUACUUGCUUGACCAAGAUGUUUAAUUUUCCUUUGCAGUUGGACGUAUGGAGCAAGAAACGAGAAGCUGCUGCUUUGAAGGCUAGCUUAAAUAUAUUGACAUAAACUAUGCGCUUAGAGGAAAGACGCUGAACAUUCCUUAAAACAGAAGUGGUAUUAUCCCAGUUGAUUUUUUUUUAUUAAACUAAAAACAACUCGUAAUGCAACGGCUUGUCUAAUCCAGACAUGUCAUUAGUCCGAUUUUCAUAUAUUUAUAAAUAAUAAUCAAAUUACAAUAUCAAUCCUCUCAUAUUGUUUGUAAUAAACAGAAUUCAUAUCAUUAUAUCAUAUGAUUCGAAGGAGCUAAGCCAUUAACCUUUAUUUUUUUCUGAACAUAAUGAACCAAAACCAAACCUGUAUAUUAACAACAAAUUCUCUCAAUCAUAUUUUCUUGCAGCAAACAAAAAGAAAGAAAUUAGUGACAAUUAAAAGAAAAACAUUUUAUGUUCUUUGAAAAAUAAAAUAUCUGAUGGAAAUAUGGUUUGGCUAGAAAAGCAUCACUACGAUCAAAUAAGAAAUCAUUAAAACAUAAAACGUUCAAAAUUAACACGAAAAAAACAAACUGUCAGACCGGUAGAAGUCUCUAGUUAAUUUUUGUUUGAUGUUGUCAAAAAAAAAACAACAAACCAAACCAGAAAACAUUAAAACAAGUAAACAAAUACACAAGUGGAAAUUUUUUAUAAUUACUAGACUGAUAUGCAAAAACAUAGCGUUUAUAAGUGUAAAAAAAAAUAGAACAUAUCAUCAACGAUCUUUUUUUUUUGAAAAAAAAGCUUAAGAAAUUUGAACUAUUUCUCGAUUUGUGCGUGUCAUCUUUGCGCAGGGACCAUGCUAAUCUUCUAUGUAUCGUUCCAAUUUUAUUGGAUGUCCCCAAAGGAACAACAUCAACGAUCUUAUUGACAGAAUACUUAUGUUCUAUUUGUUGUCACAAAUUUACACUAAGUUUUCACAUCAAUCAAGUUAAUAUAAAAACUCCCAUUAAAACCUUGAAAACACUAAAAUUUUAAACAAGUAAACAAAUCAAAACAUUAUGUUUUAAGAAAUGCAAGUGGAAAUAUUUUGGAGAAUUUUAUUAUUACUAAAUUGAUUUAAAACAUAGUGAUCAUAAGUGUAAGAAAAAUAGAACAUACCAUCUCUAACGAUCUCAAUGACAGGAUACUAUAUUCUAUCUUUGACACAAAUUUACACUACAUUUCCAUGGUCAAUCAAGUUAAUAUAAAAAUUAUCUUUAAAAACAUUGAAAAAGUUGUAAUAAAAAGAAAAAAAAAACCGUUUUCGCUAGAAAAGAAUCACACCAAUUCAGUCACAAAACACAUAAAUAAUAGUUUUGAGAGAAACUAAAAAAAAAU